AUGGCGCACCCCGUGACGCUCCUCGAGUGCAUCCAAUGUAUGCAGUACAUUCUCCAGCUCCAGCCGCCCAGUGUCGAACGACGGUGCGUGCUGGACGCAGUGACGUGGCUGCCGAGCCCGCUGGCCGCCGCUCUCCGGAAAGAAGUCGGUGUCUGGGUCGGCCGCCUGCAGUACGAUGCGUCCACUAAAGUGCCCGACGCAUGGCUCGCCCACAUCGCGUAGCGUGUUCCAAGAUAUCAAAAGCCAGAUCGUGUUUGCG